AUGGUGUUCAUAGACGACCCCUCGAUUGGCCGGCCCACCGAUGACCUCACGAGUACACGCGAAAACGCGCCAGCACUCGAGGCGCGUCAAAGUGUCGCUACACGCACGACAAGACCGCCGCGGCCAGAUCAUGGCAUCAUGGCAGCACCGACCACACAGCUGACGAAUCGCGUGAGCGAGUAUGGCUCAGAUACCGACAUGCAGUCCAUCACGACACUGAGCGACUACGGCUCCGAUAUCGACAUCGACGACGAUACCAUACUUGCAGAUGCCUUUGACACGAUAAGAGACGCGGCGCAAACUCAGAAGAGCGCAGUACUGCCCAGCAUAGAAUUUGAGGAGGGCGAACUCGAAGACGAAGAGCAGGAUGUGGACAGCUUCGUGCAGAUACACAGACCCACGGUGCUGCGCGUUACAAAGGGCAAGACAAGUGUCGACGUGGAUGCACAGAGGGAUAUACGGAGCUCGCCCAUGCGAGAGCGGAAGGCGCUGGAAGUCGAGUACGAUGAAAGAUCGCGGCGAGCGUGGAGUGUUCCUCACGAACACCCAGCCUCUCCUCCCAAACCCUCACAAUUCCGAUCCGAUCGCAGCACCUCGCAGUCUACUCGCGCCCUUCCUACAACGCAAGCUGUACAUGUCGCUGAAAACGACAACCGUCCACCUCUCGAGCGAUUUCGAACGAAACCCAAGAAAUGUCUCUCAGUGACCGAUCUAGUCUCACCAGCAUGGUGCGAGCUACAAUACUUCUACACCUUGAGCAAAUUCGGCCGCAAACCACGAACACAGGCAAUGCGCAAUGGCAGCAAGAUCCACCAAACGCUAGAAGACCAAGUCCACACCACAGUGCCAGUGCAGGUUGAAAGCAAAGAGGACCGCUUCGGCCUACGCAUAUGGAACGCUAUAUCAGGCCUGCGAUGUCUCCGUGAGACAGGCCUAACACGCGAGCUGGAAGUAUGGGGCGUAAUUGAAGGCCAAGUCAUCAACGGCGUCAUCGACGAGAUCUCGUACCAAUGCCCCGAUACCGCAUUUGAAGAGCAGGUCGAGCGAACGCGUGCCGAGAAGAAUGGUGGUAUCGUGCCUUUACCACCAAAUCAACCCAGCAUUUCAGACGCCUUUGCAAAAGCCUCAAAAUCACAAGUUCGAGACAGCCCACCACCCACCGACAAACAGGAACCAGAUCGUCAGGUAUAUAUCGCGGAUGUAAAAACGCGGUCAGCCCGUUCCCUACCAACAGGCGCUUCGUUGCGUCCAACCUGGAUGCAACUCAUGCUCUACCGCAAACUACUAGAAUCCCUUUCCCUAAACACGGUCGAUGCCGAAACUGUGCUUGUACGCUACUCCCUCGAUCCACUUGCUCCCUUUACAGAAACCUUCCUCCAAGAGAUAAACGACAUUGAUCCUCAUGAUAACUUUGAAGCCUCACAUUACCCCAACCUCCUCUCCCUCUGGUCCUUACUCGUCACCGAAAUGCAAGAAACUUUUCCCCCUUCAUCGUUAUCUCCCAUUUUGCGUGCGGAAUUUAGGUAUGCAAAGACGGGUGAUGUUAUCGGCUCGGAACUCACCGUCUAUGAAACGGACAUGAUUGAUAAGUAUAUUGCAGAGGAGAUGGCGUGGUGGAAGGGGAGGAGGGAGGCGAAAGGCGUGGAGAUUGAAGAGGCGUUCAAGUGUCGGAUUUGUGAUUUUGCGGAAAGUUGUAGUUGGAGGAAGAUGAAGGUCGAGGAGGCGGUUGAGAAGAGUCGGUUGAGGAGAGAGAGCAAGGGGGUGAGCGCUGUUUGA